AUGCCUACUACUCUCGGGGAUGCUGUCCCCAGCACUACCGUUUCCAUCGCUCCCCUCAUCCUCCUCUCAGCGUGCGAUCACUACGGGCGUUCUGCCAAGGGAACCAGAAAGCGGGUUGUCGGUGUGCUCCUAGGACAGAAUACUGGAGGAAACGUAAGAGUUACAAACAGCUUUGCUGUUCCUUUCGAAGAAGAUGAAAAGGAUCCUGCAGUAUGGUUCCUCGAUCACAACUAUGUCGAGUCAAUGAACGACAUGUUCAAGAAAGUCAACGCCCGAGAGAAGCUUAUCGGAUGGUACCACUCUGGUCCGAAGCUUAGAGCGUCAGACCUGGAGAUCAACGAGCUAUUUAAGAGAUACACGCCCAAUCCAUUACUGGUCAUCAUUGAUGUCGAGCCAAAGGAGCUGGGAGUACCUACGGAUGCUUAUUUUGCUGUGGAAGAGAUCAAAGAUGACGGUACAACUACCACAAAAACCUUCGUACACACGCCCUCUAUCAUCGAAGCUGAGGAAGCUGAGGAGAUCGGCGUUGAACACCUCCUCCGAGACAUCCGUGAUGUUGCUGUCGGCUCCCUUACAACCCGCAUUAACAACCAACUCCAAUCCCUCCAGGGUCUUCAUCUCCGCCUUCGCGACAUAGCUGCCUAUCUCGACAAGGUCCUUAAGGGCGAGCUACCCGUUAAUCAUGCCAUUCUUGGGAACCUUCAGGAUGUUUUUAACCUCCUUCCCAACCUUUCUACACCACCGGCAGACGGCGAUGAUAGCAAUGAAUUGGCGAGAGCUAUGAGCAUUAAGACAAACGACCAGCUCAUGUCUAUUUAUAUCUCUUCGUUGAUCAGAGCAAUUAUCGCGUUCCAUGAUCUUAUUGAUAACAAGAUCAAAAACCGCCAGGAUCAGGCGGAGGAAAAGGAAAAGGAGCAGAAGGAGCGGGAAGAGAAGGACAAAAAAUCGAAUGGGGCCUCAUCACCCGAUAAAGAAGGGUCUACAGAGAAGGGUGGUAAAGAAGAAUCCUCGAAGGAAAAGAAGAAGAGUGAAAAGGACUAA